GCUCCGUCUGAGGAUUUCGUCUGCUUUACCUAUCGGUUAAAAAAAUCCUCGGACUCUCGCAUUGCCCUCAUAUUACAUUUGACUCAUGGCUUCAUCCUUAAAACUUUCGAAUGGUGAAUUGAUGCCUACUUUGGGCUUUGGAACCUGGACUUUGUCCCCAGAUAAAGCAUCCUUGGCAAUCACGUCGGCUCUUGAAAAUGGUUAUCGCCUUUUUGAUUGCGCUUAUUUAUAUUCGAAUGAAGCGGCAAUCGGAGAGGCUUUGGAAAAAUGUUGCCCGAAAUUCGGAUUGGAACGCAAGGAUAUUUUUCUUACUUCUAAGUGUUGGUGCACCUUCAUGCGACCGGAAUUGGUGCGGAAAUGUUGCGAAAAGAGCUUGAACGAUUUGAAGGUGUCAUAUAUCGAUUUGUACUUGAUACAUUGGCCAGUGGCUCUUCAGCCAGGUGAACCUAACUAUCCUGUGGCUCCUGAUGGCAUCAAUCUUGCUGUGGAUAAAGUACCUUUGUUGGAUACUUGGGCCGCGAUGGAGAAACUGGUUGAUGCCGGUUUGGUGAAGUCUAUCGGGUUAUCCAAUUUCAAUCGACGCCAGAUCGAUUUGAUACUGAAGCAUUGUCGAAUCCGCCCCGUCAAUCUGCAGAUUGAGGUUCAUGCCAAUUUUCCGAAUUCUAAUUUGGUUGCAUACGCACAGUCAGUUGGUUUGACUGUCACAGCUUAUUCUCCCCUUGGCUCCCCCGGCGCGUCACUAGGUGCCACUAAUCUGCUCACUGAAUCCUGGGUCUGUGAAAUCGCUAAAAGACAUAACAAAACGAGUGCUCAGGUUUUACUACGCUAUUUGCUGCAGCGCAACAUAGCCGUGGUCCCCAAAUCGGCUACCCCAUCGCGUAUCCUGGAGAAUGCUCAGAUCUUCGAUUUUUAUUUAUCCGAAGAAGAAAUGCACUCUCUUCACACUAAUGGUUUGAAUGAGCGCCAGUUCCGACUUACAGAGAUGAAGUGCUUUGACGAAUACCCAUUCAACGAGGAGUUCUAA